GUAGAGUCAAAGCUUGAGAUGUAAACCUCUAACCUAGUAGUACCCUAUAUAAUUAAUUCAUCGUUGGACCCAAUUCAUUUCAUUUCAGAUUUGUCCUUAACUAAAACAAAACUAAAGAGAAAGAAGAAAGAAAAAUCCUUCAAACAAUGGAAUCCAUUUGCUCUUUUUCUAAGAAUACAACAACAAGCAGUAGCAGUUGUAGCGAUGAUGAUGGUGUAGGAUGUGAGCUAAGAAGAGGUCCAUGGACUGCUGAAGAAGAUUCUCUUCUCGUUCACUAUAUUUCUUGCCACGGCGAAGGCCGCUGGAAUUUGCUCGCGAAACGUUCCGGGUUGAAGAGGACAGGGAAAAGUUGUAGAUUGAGAUGGCUAAAUUAUUUGAACCCAGAUGUCAAACAUGGUAACCUCACUCCCCAUGAACAGCUUCUCAUCCUUGAUCUUCAUUCCAAGUGGGGAAACAGGUGGUCAAAGAUUGCACAAUUCCUUCCAGGAAGAACAGACAAUGAGAUCAAGAACUACUGGAGAACCAGAGUCCAAAAGCAAGCCAGGCUGUUGAAGAUAGAUUCCGAAAGCGUCGAGUUUCAACAACUUAUUCGAACUGUCUGGAUUCCUAGGUUGCUUCAAAUGCUACAAAGUCAACCAUGUCCUCCUGAUUCAAUUCCAUCUGGGCAGUUUGAUAAUAAUCAAUAUCAAACCAUGGAUUCAAGUAUGGAGAAUAAGAGCAGCAGCCCAUCAACCAUAUCUUCUUCAUCAUCAUCACUGAUUCAGAUUUCUGAAGUUUCGGAAAAUCCCAAUAAUGUUAUCGAUGCAUUUGGCAACAACAAUUUAUACGGUCAUUUUCAAGAUGAAUGUUACAACGUUGACUUCAAUAGCUUUGACCCUGUUACUAUGUCAUGUGACUCAAUGGGACUAGCUAAUAGUUACAGUAACGUCAUUGAACAAAAUAAUUGGACGAAUGAUGAUAUGGGAAGUCACUGCUUAUGGAGCAAUUUUGGAUGAAUUUUGGCGAGUGAAGCAAUCAAAAGACACUUAGCCAUGGGUUCAGAUUUGUUUGAAUGAAAAAUUUGCAAUCAAUAAAUUUGUCCCUUUAGUGAAGUGUAGAUUUUGUGUAGAUUCUUAUUGGGAAAAAAAAUUCAGCAGAGGGAUGGGUGGAGUGGUUAGGGAAUUAGGUUAGACUGGGGAUAGUUAUUACUAGGAGAUCGAUGGGAAUAUUCUUAUUAGGGCUAUCCAUUAAAAAAAAAACAAUUUCAGCACGUAGUUUAGACAAGAAGAUAUAGUAGACAGUAAUUUGAAGAUAUGUAUGCAAACUUGUACAAACAACUCAUCAAAAUAUCCCACUUGUAUCAACUGUACUACGAUUUUGGAAAAAAAACAUUUGUAAUUUAUGAAAUUGUAAGAUUUUCGUGUUUCAAAUUGGG